GGCUUCCACUUCCAAGCUGUGAGCUAUGCUAACAACAACAAUAGCAAUAACAGUAGCCUACAGCUUGCUGCGACUUGUUAUUGUGUCAGUUUAACUUAAGUCUAAAUUCGUCACAACAAAAAAAACAUGGCUUGGUGUGACAUUUGACUUUCAACAAGCCACAACAAGAAAGUGACAGUUUAUUUAUCCAGUUAACGUUAGCGUUCUAAGUAACGUUAAGCAUUUGGCUAAAAUAGAGAGCGCGACGGAUAUAGCUAGCUACGGGGAUUUUCAAGCAAGGCCUGAAACGGUAACCAUACGCGAAAGCCAGGUAACCUCUCCGAGAAAAGAGAAGGCAACGUUAAAUUACUGAUUUAACUCUAAUAGAAGAGCGUGUGUCCUCAAAAUGAGAGGUUCUUACGGAGACAAAGAUCGAGACCGUGGCCGUGACAGAGGGAGCCCUCGUUUCGGGUCCAGCAGAGGCGGCCCACCACCGGGUAGAAAGUUCGGGAACCCCGGGGACCGUUUACGAAAGAAGAGAUGGGACCUGGAUGAGCUUCCGAAAUUUGAAAAGAACUUUUAUACUGAACAUCCGGAAAUCCAGCGAAUGAGCCAGUAUGAUGUCGAGGAGUAUUGCAGGAAGAAAGAAAUCACUGUUCGAGGUUCAGGCUGCCCAAAGCCUGUCACUUCCUUCAGUCAGGCCCAGUUUCCCCAAUAUGUAUUGGAUGUACUGAUGCAGCAGAAUUUCAAGGAGCCCACAGCCAUUCAGGCACAAGGUUUCCCUCUGGCCCUCAGCGGGAGAGACAUGGUGGGCAUUGCUCAGACCGGCUCUGGGAAGACCUUAUCGUACCUCCUGCCUGCCAUUGUGCACAUCAAUCAUCAGCCCUACUUGGAGCGUGGAGAUGGACCCAUUUGCUUGGUUCUGGCCCCCACAAGAGAACUGGCGCAGCAGGUCCAGCAGGUGGCAUACGACUACGGAAAGUCAUCCCGCAUCAAAAGCACUUGUGUGUAUGGGGGUGCUCCCAAGGGACCUCAAAUCAGAGACCUGGAGAGAGGUGUUGAGAUCUGCAUUGCCACUCCAGGUCGUCUGAUUGACUUCCUUGAGGCUGGAAAGACCAACCUGCGACGCUGCACAUACUUGGUUCUGGAUGAAGCCGACCGCAUGCUGGAUAUGGGUUUUGAACCCCAGAUUCGCAAGAUUCUGGACCAGAUCAGGCCCGACAGACAGACCCUGAUGUGGAGCGCUACCUGGCCUAAAGAGGUUCGCCAGCUGGCAGAGGACUUUCUGAAAGACUAUGUCCAAAUCAAUAUUGGAGCGCUGGAACUCAGUGCCAACCACAACAUCCUUCAGAUAGUUGACGUCUGUAUGGAUAGUGAGAAAGACCACAAGUUGCUCCAGCUGAUGGAGGAGAUCAUGGCUGAGAAAGAGAACAAGACCAUCAUCUUUGUGGAGACCAAGAAACGAUGUGACGAUCUCACACGCAGGAUGAGACGUGAUGGAUGGCCAGCGAUGUGUAUUCAUGGUGACAAGAGCCAGCCAGAGAGAGACUGGGUGUUAACAGAGUUCCGUAGCGGCAAAGCUCCCAUCCUCAUCGCUACUGACGUGGCCUCACGUGGUUUGGAUGUGGAGGAUGUCAAGUUUGUCAUCAAUUAUGACUAUCCCAACUCAUCGGAGGACUACAUCCAUCGCAUCGGUCGUACGGCCCGCAGCACCAACAAAGGCACCGCCUACACCUUCUUCACUCCGGGGAACCUCCGCCAGGCCCGCGACCUGAUCCGGGUGCUGGAGGAGGCCCGCCAGGCCAUCAAUCCCAAACUGCUGCAGCUGGUUGAUACUGGACGGGGAGGAGGCGGAGGGGGUGGCCGUCUUCGUUUUCGUGGCAGCUCCAAUUCUAACAAUCCCAACCUGAUGUACCAGGACACGUGUGACCGGCGAAUGCGUUCUGUGGGUGGAGGUGGCAGCAGCGCCAAGGACAGCCGCGGCAGCAGCAGCAGCUAUGGCCGCGACAGCCGAGAUAGCCGCGGAGGAAGCAGCCGGGACCGGGAACGCUCCUCCUCAUCUUCCUCGUCUCACAGGGAUCGCAGCAGCAGGGACGGAGGACGCAGCUACGGCUCCAGCUCCAGCUCCAGCUCCAGCUCAUACGACCAGUAUCAGAAUAACAGCAGCAGCAGCAGCAGUCAGUACAGCAGCUCUAGGGGCAGCUCUGGGUCAGGGGGCGGUGGAGUAGGGCAGGUCCCACCUUCUUCAGCCGGCCCCCAGCCUCUAAUGGCCAAGCAGUUCAACCCUCCCCAGCCCAUGAUGGGCCUGAUGGGGCACUCGCCGUUCCAGUUCGCUCCUCCACAGCCACCCCCUCCAUCAGGCAGAAAGUAAUGCGAUCUGUGCAUCAGUCAUACUCACUCACUCACUCACUCACUCACACACGCAAACGAUAUGGAAUAAUUUAGACUGGUUCCCAGUUUGUUUAUUAGCUGGGCAACGCCUUUAGUUUUGGACUCUUUAUUAAUCAACAUUAAUUAUUUAGUGUGACAGAAGCUUGUCUGUGUCAUGGUCUUCAAAAAAAUCCUUUGGUACAAACAUGCUGUUUUUGUAGUGUGAGCUGUCAUAGGAUUUGUGAAGUAUCAGAUUUUCCCCUUUAGGUGUAUCACAGGUAGGUGCUGAAGUUAAUUCUUGUGUAAAAGCUUGUUUCUGUUUUAGGUUCAAUAUCUUUAUUUUUGUGUUUGUAAGCUACAAGAUUAAUUUGAAUUGAUUAAAGGAAAAUAUGGAGAUCCUGGUGUAGUUUGAGCACAAUUAGGAUGCUUUGUUUUCCUUCUUUUGAACAUGUAGAUACGUAGAUAUUAAUUUUGGCUAUACUGAGGCAACUCUGGGGCUUUUUGUAUCCAUGGCAGCAGUUAAAGUGAGACAAGUGUGUUUACAGAGACUCUACUGUAGAUUACCUUAUUCAGUUAAUUACCAGUGUGGGCAAGUCUUUGAAGCAGUGAUGGAUUGAGAUUUUCCUAGCAAAUACUAAGUCCCAUUUUUACAGUUUAAUAAAGCUCUACAAUGUA